AUGGCUCCUCUUGUCUGGCUUGUCACUGGUACCACAUCUGGUAUUGGCGCUGCGUUGGUAAAUGAAAUCGUUGCCCGCGGGGACAAAGUCAUUGCCUCUGGUCGCAAAGCAAACCAGAAACUCGACCACCUCAGGUCAGACAAUGUAGCCAUUUUGGAACUAGACAUAACGGCCCCAUGGGCUGUGGUGCAGGCUACGAUUAACGAGGCCUGGGCCAUCUUUGGACAUAUUGACCUCCUGUUAAAUAAUGCUGGUGCUUCUGCCUUGAGAGAUGCAUAUGUCAAAAACCUCUUCCAAGUUAAUCUCUUUGGACACAUGAACGUUACUCGCGCUAUACUCCCGCGAUUCCGUGCCCAGGGCCAUGGUCGCAUUGGCUUCACUUUGUCCGCCAGCUCGUGGGGUCCUCUGCCCUUUAUGUCCCACUAUGCAGCGUCCAAGGCUGCUCUUAGCACUUACAUCGAGAGCCUUCACAAGGAGGUCCGGCCUUUUGGCAUUUCUUGCGUCGGAUUCAUGUGCGGUAGCUUUCCUACCAACCUUGGCCACCCAAGGGAAGAAGGUGAACCAGAAUUCGCAAGCCAAGGACCUGCCAUUGCAGACUAUGAAAAGCUCAUGGGGGAACUUGGACUCAUGUUUGCCAAGGCAUUUGCUCAGAGGACAGGCGAACUGGACAAGGUCGCCGUGGCUAUGGUGGACAUUAUGAAGGGUGAGGGGAUUGCGGCUGGAAAGCCAUGGGCGGUUAGUAUUGCUAUUGGGUCUGACGCCUUCGAUUGCGGAGAACAGAAGUGCGAGGAGCAACUCAAGGUACUGAAUGAGUGGAAAGAUGUUAGCUAUGCUACAGAUCGGGACGACCAUGAUCACGUCACGCCUAAGGAGUAUCUGGACUUUGCUUCCAUGCUGUAG